AUGCCUCCUAAAUUCGAUCCCAAUGAGGUCAAGGUCAUUCACCUCCUCGCCACUGGAGGUGAGGUCGGUGCCUCUUCCGCUCUGGCCCCCAAGAUCGGUCCUCUCGGUCUGUCUCCCAAGAAAGUUGGUGAAGAUAUCGCCAAAGCCACUGGCGACUGGAAGGGCCUCCGUGUGACGGUCAAGCUCACCAUUCAGAACCGCCAAGCCGCUGUCUCCGUCGUCCCUACCGCCUCUUCCCUUAUCAUCCGUGCCUUGAAGGAACCUCCUCGUGACCGGAAGAAGGAGAAGAACAUCAAGCACAACAAGUCUGUGCCUCUGGACGAGAUCAUUGAGAUUGCGAGAACCAUGCGCCACAAGUCCUUCUCUAAGUCGCUGGAGGGUACUGUCAAGGAGAUUUUGGGAACGGCCUACAGUGUUGGAUGCCAAGUUGAUGGCAAGACCCCGAAGGCAAUCACCGAGGCCAUCGAGGCCGGUGAGAUUGACAUCCCCGAGGAGUAA